AUGCACAUCCCAAGCCUCGCUCUCCUCGCCCUCUCCCUCUCUGCCCUCGCCUCUGCCUCCCCCUCCGCGUCCUCCUCCCUCUCCGCCGAUAUCUUCUACUGGCCCCUCUCCUCCUCCUCCUUAUCCCCCUCGAAACCCUCCCGCCUCGCAAAAAUCUCCUACGACCCAACCACCCUCCAAUCCACCAUCGACUCCUACACCCCUCCUCAGCCCGUCAACACCAACGACAACUUCGACAGGCAAGCCGACCUCCUGCGCAUCGGACUCUACAUCACCUCAAUCAACGACGACGACAGCCCAACAAAGAAGGAUAAGCAAUGGGUUGGGACCCUCUCCUCUCCCUCCAUCUUCGCAAACACACAGCAAACCCUAACCCUCCACCUCGAUCACAAUAACCACGUCUACCAUGCCUCCAUGUCCUCGUCCGCUACGCCUCCCGUAGCACACGCCUCAUCCACUGGUGCAGAGAAGAGCAAAGAAAAGACUACUGCCAAGGCAAAAGAAGCGGAAUCGGGAUUACUGAAGGUGGAAUUUGUCCGCUUAACUCCCAGUCCGAAGCCGCAUCUCAAUCGUCCCGUGGUGCUAAAUGCGGACGGGCAUACACCAGAGGAAGUUGUCGAGAAAACCUUUUUGCAAAAGUGA